CCCUACCACGCCUCCCCCCUCUCUCUCUCUCUCUCUCUCUCUCUCUCAAAGUUCCACAGUUGGGCGUUCAAAUUAAUUUGAAUUUCCACAAGAGAACCCCCAAUUCCAUUAGUUUCGAAUUUCCUCCCACGGUUGAUCGUAUUGUUUAGAACCCAACAGCAUCCAUCUCGGCAGUGGUAAAUGAGGGGAAAAUCAAUAGGCCACUCGCAUCCCAAACCCUGCGCUGGGAGGAAAACAUCAAGAACGGGCAGGAGUAAAGGAGAAGCUGAUAAUGUUAUUCUUAUCGAUGUAGAUCCUGAUCAUUUUGACAGUGAUGUUAUCAUUGAUGUUCCUGAAUCUUUGCCAAAGAAACCCCAGGGUUCAAGAAUACUCAGGAAAGAUAAAAAGUGGCCAUUUAGGACUGUUAUAUGUAUUGACGAUGACGAAAGCACGGAUGACAACCAUUCUGGUGUAGGUGUAAAUGAUAAUGAUAGUUUCUCUAAUGGCGCUACCCAUAGCAAGAAAUCUUGCUUUGACUCCAAAGAGUUUGAAAAUGCUGCAGGUUCUGCUGGUGAAGAAUGUGACUUUGUUCAAGAAAAUACGACUCCAGUUAGGUUAUCAAAAUGCAAGCGUACCUACUCUGGAAAAGCUUCCACAAAAAAUGUCUAUGGUCCAAGUGUCAAUUCAGAAAUUGAUUUAUCCGGGAAUGAUUCUCCUGAUUGUGAGUUAAUGGAAGAUUCUUCUGGAGAGCUUCGAAAACAGUGGGAAAAGGCUUUUUUCAGGAGGAAAAAAGAUAAGCGUAAUGGUGAAUAUGAUGCUAAAGAUUGUGACGAUACUUCAAAGGAUUUCAAAGAUAAUGACCAUCAUAAUGUUAGAAAGGAAAGCAAUAGUCAACAACAUGAGGAAGCCCCAUUCUGUUCUAGUACAAGCAAAUCCAGUGAAAAAAAUGAAGCUCAAUCUCCUUUUAUUACAAAGGAGGAUGUCAAUUUCGGUAGCACUUUUUUCGAGGGUCCUACUUCUGCUGAUUUUUCUUCUCAAUCAGAGCUGAAAACACACAUGCGGAAUAAUCAGCCUGAUAUCAAUGAGAGAUCACAUUCUGGAGCUGAAUAUCCUCCUUUCAAUUUUGCUGAGCAGCAAAGUUCAUUUGAAACUGAUGUUGAAAAUGACAUAUCCAAUGUAAGAGCCAAAACUGAUAAGUUUGAGGAGAAAGUUAUUGUUAGUGAUAAGGAUAUGGAGCAUUUGCAACCUUGUGAACCAGGUGCAACUAGAAGUUUUAAGGAAAAGGAGAAUUUAAUGUCUGAAAAUUCUUCAUUUCUGAAGUUUUCAUCACAGAAUGAUCAAGUUAAAGACAAUGCUACUCUUUCCAGUAAUAAAGUUGGACCUGUCUCUGGAGAAGCCACCUUCUGUAAAAAUUCAACUCUUGAUCCAGGAGAUGUCACUGACAAGAGCAAGAAGUUGGCUCCAGAGAUACCAUCAUCCUGCAAUAGGAAUCUUAAUGAAACACAAAUUAGAGAGGACGAUUCUUGUUUGGACAAGGCUGUGGAAAAGCUCAUUGAACAUGUAUCAAACGUUCAGAUGGAGGUUGAAAGAGAUGAUCCGCAACAUACCCAAUAUGGAGAUAAUUCCCGAGUUGUAGAGAAUUUUAUCAUUAACGAACGAGAAAAGCUUAAGGAAACAGAAGAAUACAAAAAAGCAAUAGAAGAAGAGUGGGCUUCUCGGCAACGGGCAUUACAAAUUCAGGCUGAAGAAGCACAACACUUGAAGCAAUUGCGGAAGAGACAAAAAGCUGAAAGCAUGCGUUUGUUGGACAUGGAAAGAAGACAAAAGCAGCGCGUGGAAGAAAUACGUGAGACUCAAAAGAAGGAUGAGGAAAAUAUGAACUUGAAGGAGGUAAUUCGUAGUGAGGUCAGGACACGACUUAAGCAAUUGGAAACCACGUGCCAUGAUAUGGCUUCUCUGUUGCAUUCCUUGGGAAUCAAUUUGGCUACUUGGCCUCAUCCAUCACCACAUGAGGUGCAAACAGCUUACAAACGGGCCUUGCUGACCUUUCACCCUGAUCGAGCCUUGCAGUCCGACAUUCGUCAACAGGUGGAAGCUGAGGAGAAAUUUAAGCUUAUCAAUCGCCUGAAGGAUAAAUUUUCAGCUUCUUUAAGCCAAUAAUGUUGUGUAUUCAAGUAAAUCUUCUCUCACACUUAUGGGUUGAGCUAUUUUGCUAAUGUGCUACCAAUGCUUCAGGUACUUUAUAUAGAAAGCGUGUCGGAUAGGUGGGCAGCUCUCUGGGGUUUGAUCAAAUCCAGAAUCCUGAUAAUCGAAAUAAUUAUAUUUGUCCAAAAUAUUUGUAGUUUUGAAGCAAAUUGCACGGUUAUGUAAUUUUGGUAAUUAUAUGAAUGAUCUUUCAAUUCAUUUGAUA